GAAGGAUCGACCCAGAUGGUGGGUCUGUAGCUUCACCCGUGCCCAACCGCGACCCGUCGCGCGCCAUGGAUGGUCCGGAUGACAGCGACCCUGGGCUGGCGGGCCUGAGCCCCGAGUUCCAAGCCAUGCUGGGAGGCCUUUCUGGCCACACCGCGGCCUUUGCACAGAUGUUGGAGAAAAGAACCAAAGCUUCGAAGGAGGUGGAGAAGGAGAAAGAUGACGAGGUUUAUUUGGAGUCCUAUGCGGAUCUUGCAAUUCAUGAGGAGAUGCUGAAGGACACGGAGCGAGUGAAGGCUUACAGGACCGCCAUCGAGCACUUUGGCCCCACAUGGGCUGAGGCGACGGUGGUGGACGUGGGCGCAGGCACUGGGCUUCUCUCUGUGUUCAUCUCCCGCGCUGGUGCUCGGAAGGUAGUGGCAAUUGAGGCUUCCCGCUUGAGUCAUUUCUUGAAGAAAGUGGUGGAGGAGAACUCUUGCAGCGUGGAGGUGCAUGAAUGCCUGGCAGAAGACUUGAGCUUACCCGAGAAGGUGGAUGCUAUUGUGAGCGAAUGGAUGGGAUAUUGCCUUCUUUUUGAGAACAUGUUGCCAUCGGUUCUGGCGGUUCGUGACCAGUACUUGAAGCCAGGUGGCUUGAUGCUUCCUUCCAAGUGUCGGUUGCUUCUGGCUCCCAUCCAAGAUGACCACUGGAGACAGCAGAAGGUGGACUUUUGGCACCGAGUGCAGGGCAUCGAUAUGUCUCCGCUGAUGCCACUGGCCACUGCCAGCUUUUGUGGAAUUCCUCAGCAUCAUGUCAUUGACCCUGAGAAGAUUCUGGCGCCGGGCACAUGCAUUUUCGAAGCGGAUCUCCAUUCUGUGCAGCUGGCGGACCUCGAGGCCUUUGAGCGUUGGCUGAGCGUGUGUGUGCCCUCCGACCGGCGACUGGACGGCUUCGUGGCCUGGUUCGAGUGCGACUUCGCGGGCGCCGCGACGCUGUCCACCGCGCCCAGCGCCGCGGCGACGCACUGGAAGCAGACCGCCUUCUACCUGCGCCAGCCCAUUGGAGGCUGUUGGGUGGCUCGGAAGGACGGAGGCGUCGAGGUCAAGGGCUCGGUGAGCUUUCAGAAGCACCCGAGCUUCUCCCGAGGAUAUCAGGUGUCCUUUGACCUCCAAGCGCCGGGCCGUAAAGCGCGCUCAGAGGGCUAUGAGCUUCGAUAGCAGGCAUCGCCCCAAAAAGGUUGGCAUCGGGCCGCUGGACGCCGCUGGACACUUCGAGAAGUGACUCGUGAGUCUGGAGAAUCCAUGAGAAUGGCGAAAC